AUGUCGCGACGCCCGUCUUCCGCGCUUCACGCGCCUCAGGGAAUCGACCCUAGGCUCUUGAGCAUUAUGGACGAUGAUCGCUACUCUGGCGACCUCAGCUCACAGGCAUCGCCUUGUACCUCACUCGCCAUGCCGACUCGUGCACCUCAGGAUCUGCCAGUCACUCCCACAACGGCGCCUCUUGACCAGUAUCACAUGCCAGUCGACCCGAGCUUCAUUCUCUGCGGACAAAUCAACCCGGUCGCUGCUACCCCGACCAUCGCCAAUAACCUGCAGUGCACCUGGACCUCGACCCCUCAUAUUCCGCCUGCUGCUUUCGGAAACGGCAACGGCACUGGGCAGUUCACAGCCAACUUUGCUCAGACACCACUCGACGCUGCUGGAUACGGAUGGAACAAUGGGCAGCUCACGCCCAACGUUGAUCUGACUUCACUGUCUGCUGUCGGAAACGGCAACGGCACUGAGCAGUUCGCUCCCAACCUUGGACCAUCUCAGCUCUCUGCUCUCGGUAACGCAUACUAUACUGGGCAGAUCGCGCCUAACCUUGCUCAGACACCACUCGACGCUGCUGGAUACGGAUGGAACAAUGGGCAGCUCACGCCCAACGUUGAUCUGACUUCACUUUCUGCUGUCGGAAACGGAUACAGCACUGAACAUUUCACUCCCAACCUUGCCCAGACACCAUUCCCUGCUUUUGGAAACGGAUACAGCACUGAGCAGCUCACUCCCAGCCUUACCCAAACAUCACCCCCUGCUGUUGGGAACGGAUACAGCAUUGAGCAGCUCACUCCCAACCUUACUCAAACAUCACCCCCUGCUGUUGGAAACGGAUACAGCACUGAGCAGUUCACUCCCAACCUUACUCAAACACCACUCCAUACCGCUGGAUACAGAUGGAACACUGAGCAGCUCGCGCCCUGCGUUGAUCCCAUUCAACACUCCUCCAUCGGAAGUGGAUACAGCACAAGGCAUCCUACUUCAUACACACCCCAGCACCAGUCUGCCGCUGUCAGGACCAAACCCACACCCAAGCAGUUCAGGUUUAACCCAUACCCAUGGCACAUUCUGUCCACUGCUGCCUCAAAGGAGUCUAAUAAGCAGCAUCUCACCUCUUACACAAGUCGUGCUCCUCACCCCGUUGUUCCGACGAAGUCAAACAUCCAGCAGCUCACUCCUCGCGCAACUCGAGUUUCGCCUGCCGUUGUUAGGACAAAGCCUUUGAGACAGCAGCUUGGCCCAUACACUGCCAACAAUCAGCCUGCCUCUCCUGCUGCCCAUCCCGUCACGCAUCGGCUCAACCAUCUCGGGGCCGAGAAACCAGUUGCCUUCAUCACGAUUAGUCCAGGCUCCGAGAGACUCGAACCUAGGCUAUCUUAUGCACCUCUGCAAGCUCAGCCUCCGCCUCAAACACCGGCCCGUACAGAAAACCGCAGCAUUGGUUUAUCCACCCCUGAGAAGACGCCAACCACUAACAAGCCGGCAAACAAGAACCUUUCUGGCGCUUCAGCAGCCUUCCCAUCUAACGCUGUGAAGAAGAAGACUAAACACCAACCUGCUGCGGUCAACGCUCCUCUCCGUCAGGGUCCGACAGCCCAAAUCAGAUCUCGAAUCACGUCCCAGGAGGCGUGCUCGUUGGAGAACCCAUCGUACACCCCGUUCGAGGCCUCGUUGAUGUCAGCUCUUGAGGCUGAGAUCAAGGUGCUGGACAAAGCUAGGAACGAAAAGGCGCGUGCGAAGUGGAAUGCUAUGCAGGAGUGGAUGAACAACUACAUGAAGAAAGCAAGGGACAACGCGAUGAAGGAAGCAAAGGACAACGCGAUGAAAGAAAUUGCAAAGGACAACGCGAUGAAGGAAGCAAAGGCAAAGGACGGAGCCACGAAAGAAUUGGUGAGCGAGUUCGAAAUCGGCAAGCAGAAUGCCAGGAAGGACAUCGGUUCGGAAGUCUACCAUACAUACGUUGACAGCACCGGUUUCGCCUACCACGACAUCUGCCUUACUCGCGUGGAUCUCACCAACAACACCAACGAACGGGUCCUCCUUUCGAUCUACGAGACCGACUUUUGCCCUCACAACUACGUGACGUAUGUGGGCAUCCACGGCCCCGGCACUGCCUUCAAGUCCGAGAUCCUUGCCAAUGGAACCGACUACAAGUCCGCAUUUCUUGAGUUCCGGAAGGCAUUCAAGAAGUACACGCGGGUCAGUUGGGAGGCGCGUUUGAUUCCACAGAACUACAUCGCCGAGAGAGUCAGGGUGUGGGAGAAGUUGAAGAUCGAACAAAAGAUGUUUGAGAGGAUUAACGAGCAGCCGUAUAGCGGCAGCAAGCCAAGGGGGAUGGUACUCGUGGCCCCUGAAGACGUGCUGACGAGGGAGGAGCUGGAGAGCUGCCUCGUCAAACGUUACAAGUACACGGCGCCGGCAGCUGGCAAGCCUCAAGGUGAGACUCGUCAAUUCGGUGGUCUUUAUCCGGUCGUUCCUGGUGAUGAGCCCAAUGACGGUGGUUGGACGCUGGUCGCUUCCUGA